GUGUCCAUACCCCUGGGCUCCUUUGUUUCCGGAGGUGACGCCACACGAGCCGUAUAAAAAGGUUUGCAUUUUGAUGCUCACACCAGUUUACUUGACUUCUGCCUCGCUUACCUGCAUUGGUGAACUGCAGCACCUCAGAAGGAUGUCUUACUACGAGCAGUGCAAGCAGCCCUGCCUGCCCCCUCCCAUCUGUGUGCAGAAAAGCACCAAGUGCGUGGAGCCCUGCGUGGAGGUCUGCCCAGCGCCCUGUGCCACCCAGUGCACCACGACCUGCAGCACCCAGUGCGUGGAGCCCUGUGCCACCCAGUGCACCACGACCUGCAGCACCCAGUGCGUGGAGCCCUGCAGCACCCAGUGCGUGGAGGUCUGCCCCCCUACGUGCAUCGACGCCUGCAUAAAGCCGUGUGCCAGUCAGUGCCAAACCCAAUGCACCACGCAGUGCGCCGAGCCCUGCAUCAGCCAGUGCACCACCAAGUGCGUGGAGCCUUGCCUGCCCCAGUGCGUGGAGGUUUGUGCCACCAAGUGUGUUGACCAGUGCGAGACGGUGUGCCUGGAGCCGUGCGGCACCUGCUGCUCUCGCCCAUGCUGAUCGAUUCGAUGCACGAGCCUUGCGUGCAGCCCUGAUGCGUUGGUGCGCUGCAGUAUUCAUAGGCUUAUGAGCGUCCAUGGAAUGAAAACCAAGUUACAGACCUACCUGCAAUGUACCGAGACCUCUCCUGAUGGUUAUCCCAUGCUCUUUUUGUCUUGGAAAAUUCUUCUCUGCCUGUAUCUUUGCUCCCUGUGAUGAUUCUACUGCUGCUGUCUUAGCGUCUUUUUCUUGGUAACUGCAGUUGGCCAAUAUUCUACUGCUGGGCAUCUUGGGAAGUGGUUUAGCAUUGGCUGUGCGGUGAGCAAUUGAUGUUGGAAGAUGUCUCACCUUCUACUCUUUAACUGUCAUCUUGUCUUUCUAUAUAUAUACUCUUGUCUUUUAAUGUCUAUGUGAUAGCAAUAAAAAUUGACCAUCGAUGGC